AUGGCUGAUGGUUCACCAGAGAACUUCGACCGAGUCAAAGGCUCUGCAGAGGUUUGGGCGGAGAGCGACGUGGCGGAGUCUUCGUCGUCAGGAGGAGGAGACUGGGGUGUGGCCGAGGAACACGAGCGGGAAGAAGAUGACGUGUGGGCGGCGGCUCUCACUCUCAACACGGCGGGGCCUUCAGAGCUGCAUGUCCAGAAUAACACAAAGGUUUUUGCACAGGUGGGCGGCGAGGCCACCUUCACCUGUUUUACUCACCACCUAUCUGACGAAAUGGUGACGUGGAUGAAGAGAGACGAUGACCAGCUACUGACUGUGGGUCAAACAGUGUACGCUGCUGAGACCCGCUUCUCUGCCACCCACUCCCACCAUAGCAAGGCGUGGGAGUUGUGGGUGAAGGACGUGCAGCUGUCAGACGCGGGUCACUACGAGUGUCAGCUUACCACUCACCCUCCAGUCACUUUCUCCUUCACUCUCAAAGUCACUCAGGCGGAGGCGGUGGUUAGCGGGACUAGCGAGGUGCACAUCGAAGAGGGGUCCAAGUUAGCCCUGGAGUGUCACGUGCGUCAUGCUGUAGCUCCUCCAGUUUACAUCUUCUGGUACCAUAACUCUACCAUGGUCAACUACGGGCAACAUGCACUCGAGGUGCACCACCACAACUACACCAGCAGCCUCGUAGUGAUGCGUGUGAGGCCAUCAGACGCUGGCACCUACACCUGCGAGCCUCACCUGGCCACACCUGCCAACGUCACCGUGCACGUGGUCACAGGCAAGAAGCCGGCGGCCAUGCAGCACGGCAGGAACCAGGUGGGUGGUGGAGGGGUAGCUGCCUGUCCCUGCCCGGCGGCGCUUCUGUUGGCUGCCUGCCUCACCUGCCUUCUGGCCUUCCUUCCCACACACCAGCCUCCACCCCGCCUCCACCACGCCCUCUACUGACCCGCACUGACCUUAACUGGUGGCAGCUGCGCCUAAAUCAACUUCUCCCACGGGAAACAAGUUCUGGGUUGUUUUAUCCACCAGGACAAUCUUCAAUAGGGAAAACCUUGACAUAGCUCACGUCUGCCUACGUUAGCCAAUCGUCGGAUAGCCUACUCCAGUGCUGCGUUAAGAGCACCGUAGGCCAGUUUUAACAAAGUUAUCUCUUUCAAGCUCAAUGCUACCCAAGCGUAGUUCUAGUCCAUUAUUUGCCUAGGUCAUCUUGCGCUGUUAUCAUCCUGAAGAUCUGAACCGAAGCCCAUACCUACAACAUGUUCAGUCUUUCUCAGCUUAGGUCAUCAUCAACCUGCCUAAGAUAAAGUUAUCCUCAAUCUGCCUCUAGGUUACAAAAGUCUCAAAAUGUGGCGAAUUCCUUUUUUUAUGGAGAACUUCCGUCAAGUUUUUCCAUGAAUCAUCCUUCAGUUUGGAUGAGGUUGAUCUUUUUCACCCAAGUGUAGAUGAACUACUGAGUUGAGUGAAUGAACGUAUUCAGGCGAGAAUUAAAUUGUUGCUGCAGUUGUUGAGGUUCACAGACGAACUACUACAGAGGUUCACAGACAAACAGCUCCAGAGGUUCACAUACAACAGCCACAGAGGGAUACGGACAAACGGCUACAGAGGUUUGUGUUUUAAAUGUUUUCAUCUGAAAAAAAAACACUUUCGGGAGGCAAAAUUCAUGAUUAAAAAUUAAAUUUUCACUGAUUAUGAAUUUUAUAUACGAAAUUAUUUUGUCGUAGUGUGUGUGUGUGUGUGUGUGUGUGUGUGUGUGAGAAUAUUAAUAUUCUAAACUUGUUUUCGUACUAUUACUUAGCAAUUAGUUAACUGAUCGUUGGCAAUAUUUUCAAUAUUUAUUUUAUUUCAAUUUAAUUUUAGUUUCCCAUUAUUUCUAUUAAACAAACACACACACACACACACACACACAGGCGUAUCUUGAGACCAGUAAGUUGACCCACUUAGCAUGUAUUGACCAAAGUAUUGACGGUGCAAUUCAAAAGUGGUAUUUAGUGUUAGUGUCUAUCCUAUUCCACUGUAAAUCCUCAUAUUUAGAGAGCUAAGAGAGAUUCAUAUACAUUUAUAUGAAUAUUAGAAACGCUACUGUAAAUACCUGGUACCUCGUGUCUGGUUGUGUCUGGCAAGCGCUUGACUACUGCAAAGACCAUUGACUUAUCUGAGGCAAUAGAAGGGUGAAAGACCUGUAAGGACCGUGUGGUCUAUGAGAGAAGAAAGAAGGAAAAGGAGAAGAACCAAAGCUGUUACGAGAAUGGAGUUAAAGACUGAAGGCAACGAACCAUUGGAAACAGGUCUUUCAAUUGAAGAAAUCUUGAGAAAGAAGAAAUAAAAAUUAAUAGGACGCCGAGAUGCACAAACAAUUCAGGUGACUCACGACUUAAUGAUAUAAGUAAAAAAAAAAAUAGCGAAUUGUUCCUGCGGUUAAGGAAAAAAAAUGGUACCAGCUGUCAGCUAACAAGUGGAUUCUUUAAUUACUUAACAAAGAAGAAAGAGGAGACACAAAGACUAAACAAGAUUGUGCCCGGAGAGUGAUUAAAACUGGCAAGCGUUGUGUGUAACAACAGGAAUGAGAAGGAAACUUGGUGAUAGCCUGUUAACCGAGGGCCAAAAACUCAUUAAAGAGGCAAGGAAGAAGGAGUAGUUAAGGAGUUGGAAAGCAAUUACGAUGACAAAGAAGACGAAUUUGUGGGAGUCUUGAGAAUGACAAGCAGAUAGAGAGAAAAAAAUGCGUAAAGUGAUUUCAUUGUUACAAAGAUUCUAUAAAUUUGUGUCUAAGAGAGAGAAAAAAUAUAGUAGGAUUAUAAAAGGGUAAAAGUGAUGAAAAAAAACAAUAAUGUAAAGAAGGAUUGAAGAAGUGAAGGAGAGAGUGCUUAAGAAAUAGAAGAGUAAGUAUAAGACAAACUGAUACAAUAAAAAUAAAGAAAAUAUAACAGUAAGAGUGUUAGAUAAAAUUGAACAAGUCUAAAAAAAAAUGGCCGGGAAAAAUACAGGGUGACCAUAAAUGAUUACCCUGAUUAAAGGAUGAGAGCAUACUGUUUUUAGGGUAAUCAGUUAUGGACACCCUGUGUUUUCCUGUUUUACCACCAAUGGCAGUAGUGUCCACACGGGUUCCCACAUUCCCGCCGGCCUCACCAGCUAGCCCGGGCCCCACACACGAAAUUCUUCUCGCAAACAGAAGAAGCCUGAGAGUCACAUAAUUUAUCUCCGAAACAAAUUUAUUUCUAUAUUCAGGUUGAGGUUAAGGGGUAACCAUAAGUCCAACACCGGAAGAGUCAUCAUAAACUGCUUAUGCUGAUAGUUCUAACCCGGCAACUCGUUGAUCGGACUUGGAAAAGUAUCGAUCCAAAAUAGUGAGGUGCAUGGUUCAAUAUGAACAGUUAUACACUGUAGUAAAUAACGUAUACAAAAAAUCUUUAUUGGAAGUAUAUCAUAGCAUCGCCCUGUCUUAUAAGGCCCCCUGACGUUCAACCUGAGGAGAGAUAUAAGUGUACAAAUUGAACAAGUCCGUGACCAUCGCAGUGCUGCUUUACCCCAGGCGUAUAAAUUGUGUUAAGUUGUAACCUAUGAAGGGUUCUACUAAAUGCGAUUGUAAUGUGCCGUUAUGGCUUGUAGAUUCAGGCUCUCUUGAUAUAAACUACAAUGAAGUAAUAAUAAUUAAAACAACCAAUAAAUACUUCUAAUAAUAAUAACAAUAAUAAUAAUAAUAACAAUAAUAAUAAUAAUAAUAAUAAUAAAAUAAAGUGUCCUAUUCUUAUUAUUUCACAUAAAACAAUUAUAUAAAUAACUGACAUUCGCCGUAUAGUUUUAUAAUGAAAGGUAGGAAAAAAUGGACUUUAUUUAGUGUGUUGAUGUGAAACAUGGGUAAAGUUUAUAGUGAAGGAGAAAUACCUAAUGCCACAGUAAAUUGCUCGAGGUAUGCCCGUAACCUGUACCAUGUGGGGGCAUAUUCAGAGGGUGUACCAUAUGCUCUGUAAAUUGCUCGAAGGUACACAAAGGUAACACCAUAUACUCUGUAAAUUCCUGGGUUACACCUACAGUACCUACUAUAUGCUCUGUAAGUUGCUGCCACCUUGUUCCAGCCAGACAAGACAAGUAACCAGUUGUGUUUAUUUCACCAUUUUGGGAUACAGCUGUCGUCAGUGACCAUGGUGUAAGCGCGGAGAAGAUAUUCUUGUGGUGUAGACAGAUAGUUUUCUUUAUAAAUUAAAAGUCUUGAUUCAUCAUUAACGGUAAAACUGUUGAGUGUUUUGUUGUAAUGGGUGAUGUAAGGAGUUGUAGAAUCACCCGAAUAUGUUGAAAACGAAGACAUGACAUUGUAGUCCUUCAGCGUCACCGACGUGUAUGUUUCAUUACUGAUCACUCCAUAACCUUCGGCUCUCGACAAACUAAGAAAUAUCUCACUUAGAUCUUGGCUGUUUUGACAUACUUAUAUUAUGUAAAGCAGGAAGGUGUCCUCAUUGUGGCAGGUCGUUCCUGUAUAUCAAGCUGAACUUGUAUGUUUGCUUGUUCCUGCACGGAAGUUGGUAGUGGGUGGCAGCAUAUAUAUGAGGGGUCAUUCAAGCAUGGCAUAUCGCUAUUGUACAGUGCAUUAUUACUCGUGUGUCUUUUGAAAUUCAGUCACACAUAACAUUAAAUAUUAUCUGGUGAUGUUAAAGAACACAGAUGUCUCUCCUCCUCGUCUUGUCUCAGUGAGAGAGAUGAAAGGAAUGUGUAUCUGUCGUUCACUGGCUGGGACACCUUGGCAACGUUCGUCCGCUACUUUGUGUUGUCUACUUUAAGUCAAUUGUAUAGUGCAUGCUCUAAUAAAUGUUAUAAUUGUGUUGAAGGAUCAAAUUUAGAAGUGGUCAUCUAUUCCAGUCGAUCCAAUGGUCCAGUCGAUCCACUGGCCGAGCUGGUUCAAUGGUCCAGUUAAUCCACCGUCCCAGUCGAUCGACUACUCGAGCUACUUCACUGGAACAGUAAAUUCACUUAUCUAGUCGUACCAUUGAAAAAGUCGCGGUACUUUGACCCGAUGAGGUACACAGGUUCCGCUGGUAAAGUCGGCCAGUCAGACUCGGCGCGCUUGUGAUGUUGUUGUUUGUGUACAUUAUACAAACACUACUGCCCUCUGUUCCUUAUAUAUAUAUAUAUACAUAUAUAUAUAUAUAUAUAUAUAUAUAUAUAUAUAUAUAUAUAUAUAUAUAUAUAUAUAUAUAUAUAUAUAUAUAUAUAUAUAUAUAUAUAUAUAUAUGAAUGCUUAAGCAAAUAAAUAAUGUAUAUAGUAUAUGUGUAAAAAAUAUCCAUCAGAAUUGUAGUAAUGAUCUGACGAACUUUAUAAUAUAAUUAAUUAUUUAUUCCACAUGUAUAAUUUACUGUUCCAAGUUACCAUGUACUAUGUGUCUCGCACCUGAGACACAGCUAUGUUGCUCUCUCUCUUUAUAUAUAUAUAUAUAUAUAUAUAUAUAUAUAUAUAUAUAUAUAUAUAUAUAUAUAUAUAUAUAUAUAUAUAUAUAUAUAUAUAUAUAUAUAUAUAAAUAUAUAUAUAUAUGUAUAUAUAUAGGUUAUUUAGGUGGAUAAAAACUGCAUGAGGUGAGGUAAGAUGAAAACUGCUGGUGCAAUGGGACACAAAAGGCUUAAAAAAAUAGUGAUGUUACAGGAGGCCAGCUAUUGUAGUGAGAGGCCACAGGAGACCAGUUAGUGCAGUGAGAGGCCAAAGGAGUCCACCCAGUGUAGUUAGAGGCCACAGGAGACCAGCCAGUGUAGUAAGAGGCCACAGGAGACCAGCCAGUGUAGUGAGAGGCCACAGUAGACCAGCCAGUGUAGUGAGAGGCCACAGGAGACCAGCCAGUGUAGUGAGAGGCCACAGGAGACCAGCCAGUGUAGUGAGAGGCCACAGGAGACCAGACAGUGUAGUGAGAGGCCACAGGAGACCAGACAGUGUAGUGAGAGGACAAAGGAGACCAAUUAGUGUAGUGAGAAGUCAUAGGAGACCAGCUAAUGUACUGAGAAGUCAUAGGAGAUCAGAUAGUGUAGUGAGAGGCCACAGUAGACCAGCCAACGUAGUGAGAGGUCAAAGGAGACCAGCCAGUGUAGUGAGAGGCCACAGGAGACCAGCCAGUGUAGUGAGAGGCCACAAGUGGCCAGCUAGUGUAGUGAGAGGCCACAAUCCCACGUUAUCUGCCUCACCCUCAGCUCAACACCUCCAUCUAUCAUUUUUCAUGCACUGGAUAUUUAGGGCCUGAGUUUCACCCUAAUCAUUCCACUAAUAUCUCUGUGUUUUAUGUGAAGUGUCAUAUAUUUAUAUGUAUUUUGACAAUAAAACAGGAAAAGGUA